UGAAAUACUGGUGUUGCCAACUUGGCGAAAGCCCUGCAGCAGCUGUUUAUUUACAUGAAAAUACUGCCAACUUGUAAAGAAAAUCAAGCAAUACACGCGUUACGUUGUGAGUGGCUAAGAAGAAGCAGCUAAAUGUGCAAAACACUAAACUUGCAAUAUAUCUAAAUUUUUUAACAAACUUCAAUUUUAACGCGUAACAAAAAUAUAAUAACACAAAAAUGAGCCACUCCGCUUUGGCCAGUUUAACGGCGCAAUACACAGACUCUGAGAACGAGGGAGAUGCCAGUCCAGACUCACAAAAUUCAACAGCGUCACAGGUAAUUAUACCGAAGCAACCCACGCCACAGCCUGCAACGCCAGUGAAGCAGGACACCGAGCCUGCCAAAAAAUCCAAGAAGAGCAAACGUGCGAAGAAAGUGCGACGUCUGGUCAGCUACCAAGAUGACACGCUAAUCUCAGAUGAGGAGGAGGAUCGUGCACAUGAGUCCAGCGAGGAAGAGGAGACCUCGAGCGAUAGUGACAAUUCAGCAGAGGACAAUGAGCACAGUGAGAAUGGCAAGGAGAAAGUGGAAGCAACUAGCGAUGGAGCAGCUGCAAUGCAAGUGGAUGGCGAUGAUUCCAGCAACUACAAUAACAGUGACGAACGAUCCGCAGAGAGUUAUGAAAAAGAUCCCAAAUAUGCCAAGUACAAGUUCCAAUUGCCGCCCGAACCCAAAGGGAAUCCGCCACCGGAGCUGGUGGCAAAGAUCACAAAGAUGUAUACAAAGAUGAGACAGACAAAUAUGGAUAUGAAUCGUGUGAUUCAGGAUCGCAAGGAAUUUCGCAAUCCGAGUAUCUAUGAAAAGCUAAUCAGUUUCUGUGACAUCAACGAGUUUGGCACAAAUUAUCCGCCGGAAAUCUAUGAUCCGCUGCAGUGGGGCGAGGAAAGUUAUUACGAAUCGUUAUCGGCGGUGCAGAAAACGGAGCUUGUGAAGUUGCAGAAGGAUCGCAAGGAAAUGGACAAGGUGGAGCAGGUGACGGCGCUGGCACGCAAAGUGGAGGAAGAGGCCAAGAAGCGCAAAUCAAAAUGGGACCAGCCGGCUGCAAAGCAAACGUUACCAGCUCUGACCACAACAGUGACUGGCACGAAGGGCACUGUUAUUUCGGCCUUUGGAUCGUUGCCCAAGAAACCAGCAGUUUAGUUAGUAAACAAAAAAAAAAAAAAAAAUAAAUAAAUGCAAACAUUCGCAAAACA